UUUUCCUCUCACCCGUCCUGCCUUUCGGAUUUCCGACCUUUUUUUUGUCCACCGUGAAGCUCGUGGAUAGCGGAGGGAUAAGAAGAAAGUCAGAUGAUGUCUCUGUUUCUCAUUCCUCUCCGGCCACCGGCCGUUGCUCUGCUGGUAAACGCCGGCCUUCCCACUUUCAGGAGCCAAGCUUUUCCUUCAAGUAGAGAAGGCGGGGGAGUUCUUCCCGGUCGUCACUCUCUGUUCGCAGAAUCAAAGGGAAUCCAUACUCUGAGCAUCAGAAAAUCCAGAGAACUCCCGUUCGCAUGCUUCUAUGAUACGAAGAAAGACUUAGAUAAUGGUCUUGCAGACAAGCGAUUGGGAGUAAAUUGGCCCAUCCUUUCUCGAUGGGAUGUGCCUUGGGAGUGGCAAACUGUUCUGUUCUCCAUGAUUGCUUGUGGAGCAAGCUUUGCUUUGACAGGCUUGGUUGAAGCAGUCGCGUUGCCAUAUCUUGGUUUUCAAGGUGGAGAAGUAAGUUUAGAUCAGAAGGCAGAGAUACUUUUUGCAGGACAGUUUGCUGUGACAGCUAGUGUUCUAAGUGUUCUAUAUGGCAUAACUAAUACCUUUCGUCCAUUUCCAAAUGAUAUCUUCAACUAUGAUCUGAAGGAACCAUUUGAUCUUCAAAACGGUUGGCUUCUCUGGGCUGGGGUUGGACUGUUUGGCGCAGUAAUUGCAAUCGCCUUGGUAGGAUUUCUCUUGAACAUCAUGAAUUCAGAACAGCCACAAAGAGAGACUGAUGCUUUAAUACGAUUAUUGCCAUUGAUUGGCUCCUCAAGUAUCAGCACUGCUUGUCUAGUUGGCAUUACAGGUGUUUUGGCCCCGGUACUUGAGGAGACGGUGUUUCGAGGUUUUUUUAUGGUAUCCUUGACUAAGUGGUUUCCAACGCCAGUUUCAGUUCUUCUCAGUGCUGCAGUUUUUGCUCUUGCACACCUCACUCCUGGAGAGUUUCCUCAGCUAUUUGUGCUCGGGACUGCUUUAGGGUUUUCUUAUGCUCAAACGCGCAAUCUUCUCACUCCCAUCACCAUUCAUGCAUUUUGGAACUCUGGAGUGAUAUUAUUACUGACAUUUCUUCAGCUCCAAGGUUAUGAUAUCAGAGAGCUAUUGCAGACAUCUUGAAAGAUAUUGAUAGAGAUCUCUUAUUUCGAGAAAGACGAAGCAGACAGAAAAACAGAACAGGGAGAGAAAUUUGUGCUUAUGGUGUUCUUAUUUUUAUCUCUGUGCUUAUGGUGUUCUUAUUUUUAUCUCGUCUUGGACGUUGAGAUGAUUUAUAUGACACUAAAUAGUAGUUAACUAAAGUUGAUUUAUAUCAGGUAAUUGGAUUUAUGUCCCGUUUGAUUCUUAUUGCACAAACAUAUUGAGAGCAU